ACCGGUGGUCCAGUCCCUCAUGCAUAAUGGAACGCAGCGAAGAGGAACAAGUAGAGCGUAAAAUUAGUGAGUGCAUCGACGCCAACGAUUGGAGAAAAGUGAUCAACCUAGGUCAGGAACUGGCGGUGGAUACGCGGGUCAAAUAUUUGUGGGCAUGGCCACUGAGUGAAGAUCUGAAAACAAUUGGCACUUGCCUGGCAGAGCACAACAUCAGCCGUGUGAUCAGCGUAGGUUGUGGAACUGGUUUACUCGAGUGGCUAAUCACCGCUGGAACGGGAAUUCUCGUGGCAGGCGUCGAACAGGACGAAAACUGGUGGCGAUCCAAGUAUGCCACCAAAACGUACAUUCCUAUGGUGUUUGCGGAAAGUAAAGGUGCAAAUUCAACCAGCGACGAGAACGCGCAAUGGCAUGCUAUGAUGUUUUGUUACUUCAACGAUGGAGCAGCGUUUUGCGAUUAUGUCAAUAACUAUAAAGGACGUCAUGUGAUCAUUGUUGGACCAGAAUGUGGUAAAAGCGUUCAUACCAAUCCAAUGCCAUUCCAGCCGUCUUUCCCAACCCACCAGAAUUGGAAACUUCUUCAGUCAUUUCGCAUUGGCAGUGAAAACUUGAACCAUUUUGUGAUUUAUCAACGGCAAUAAAACAACUCGAUCAUAAUCGUUA